AUGCAAGAUGUUUACGGCUUACUAGGCUCAAAAUCGACCCUUGUAUGUAGAUACUUGAAGUCGAAGCGUACAGCUUUGAUAUUGAAACUUGCGGCAAAAAGUGGAAGGCGGUGGCAAGUGAUUGCGCCAGAUGCUUUGCCUCCGACACGAGUCAAUUCAAAACGCAGUACUGAAGAUGUUCCUGAAAGUAGUAAGACUGAAAAACAAUUAUUCGAGACUGAAACCCACGGUUCCCCUCCUGCUGGAUGUGAAGUUACUGCAUCAACGAACGCUGACCUGACUAAAAUAGAUACAGUAGAAGUUCCUAUAGGGCCAAUGGAUGUAAAAGCUUGGGUUAAUAAGCUGCCUGAUCCGUUGCAACCAACAUUAUUCAUGGAUACAGAAAGCACUACUGAAAAUGUUCCUAAAACUAGCAAGACUGAUUUGACUGAACUACAAGCACUCUCUAAUAAUGUAAUGCAAUGUGAACCUAUACAAGAAGAGACUGAAAAAUACAUUUCUCCUUUGACUGAAUGUGGAGCUACUGCACCAACGAUGACUGAUUUGACUGCGGUAGAUCCGAAUGAAGUUUCAAUAGAGCAAAUGGCACGGGAAGCUCAGAACUCUAGUUUGGUCGACGAUAUUUUCACGGGUAAAUCAUUGGGGACUGAAAGCGACAAUGUCAGCAACGAUAUUAACACGGACUCUACUGAUGAGGAAGAACAAGACCCAUUUCAUAAUUCUGAUGACGAUGAAGUCGACCCCGAUUAUGAUUUAUCAAAUUCUGGCUCCAGAAGUGGAAGUGAAAUUAGAGAUGAUGAACCGGCGACUGGGAUUGAAAUCGAAAAUGUAAACGAACCAAUUACAAGGAAGAGGAAAAGAGGCAAAUUCAAUAAAAGAACUUUAGCAAAGAAGAUGCGAAACUGUGGUGAGGAAUACGAGUCUAAAACCCGAGGAAGAGUGAACAAACGAAGCAUGAAGCCUCCUUGCCACAACUGUAAACUCAAUUGCACUGAAAAAAUUGAUGAGAACUAUCGGAAAGAGAUUUUUGCAAUAUUUUGGGGAAUGGGAGACUUGCAAAGACAAAGAGAAUUCAUAAAAGAUAGCACACAGGCAAUUAUUCCCAAGUAUCAGAGGAUUACAUUGAAUCGUAAAAGGGAAAGGAGCACUAAUAAAUCAUACUCAAUAAUGAAAGAUGGGGAAACAAUACGGGUAUGCAAAACAUUUUUCAAAAACACUUUCGACCUAUCGGACAGAGCUAUUCGUACAACCUUUUUGAAAACAGAUAGAAGCACAGGUGUGCUAAGCUUGGAAAUGAGAGGUAAGCAUGGAAAGGAUCGGAAGUUGGAUAAAGAACUCGUGAAGAGUGCAAAGGUUCACAUAGAAAAAAUUCCCAGAAUUCCCAGUCAUUACUGCAGAUCUCAAAGUUCUCGGGAGUAUAUCGAUGGUGGAAAAUCUAUCGCUGAACUUCACAGAGAUUAUCUUAAAGAAAGAAAGGAGUCAAACCUUGCAGGAAUCAGCUACUGCCAGUACAGAGCUAUUUUCAAGUCAUACAACCUUUCUUUUUUCACACCGAAGAAAGAUCAGUGUGAAGUAUGUCUCAUUUACCAAAACACGAAACAAAAUACAACAGAAUAUGAGAAUCAUAUUCUAGAAAAGGACUUGUCCAGACUGGAAAAGGAGAAUGACAAGAAAAACACAUCAGAUUCAACCGUCGUAGCAGUAUACGACCUACAGGCAGUGCUGUCAUGUCCGCAGGGGGAGGCGUCCUCCUACUACUACAUUUCAAAGCUAGCCGUUUAUAAUUUAACAAUUGCUGAACUGAAGGGUGACAAAUCGGUAAACUGUUACACUUGGGAUGAAACACAGGGAAAAAGAGGCGUGAUUGAGAUUGGGAGCUGUGUGCUGAAAUAUCUGCAACAUUUGAAUGACAAAGCUGACUGUCCAAUAGACGUCGUCUUUUACAGCGAUAAUUGUUGUGGACAACAAAAAAAUAACUUCAUGAUGGCAAUGUACAAAUAUGGUGUUACAACAUUAAAAAACAUAAAAUCCAUCACACACAAAUUUUUAGUGAAGGGCCACACCCAAAACGAAGGGGAUUCGGCUCACUCAACUAUUGAAAGAGAAGUUAAAAGAGGACUCCGAAGCGGACCGAUAUACUUACCUGCCCAAUACGCCAUGGCCAUGAAAACGGCAAAGAAAAGUGGCAAGCCUUACCUAGUUCAUGAGUUGAGUCAUGAGGAUUUUUUUGACAUAAAAGCUCUGAGGGACUCCUAA